GACAAACUGAGACGAUAGUCCAUAAUACACGCGACUUGUAAACUGUGAAAAGGAGAAGUAGAGAGGUUGGAAAAUUUCAAGUUCCAUCGAUGACAAACUUAACGUGGAGGAUAUUGUUGAUCGUCACCAUAGGGCUCACUGGCCAAGGAAAUAUUUGGCAGACAAAGAAAAAUGUUUAUGAAAGUUUUCAGAAGAUCCCACCGACACAGGAAACCAAGGAAUACCUCAUGAAAUAUUUUCUGGAUCGUCUGGACUACACAAGAGGAAAGCGAUUCACUCCAUAUCACGACAUUAUUUUUAUUCUUGACUCGUCCGAGUCCCUCUCCAUGGAAAACUUUAAUCUCAGUGUUGUAAUAGCACAGAGGUUGGUGUCGAGGUUCGAUCCUGACACACAAUUUGCAGCAGUAGUAUUUGGAGCCAAUGCCACCAUCAGCUUCAAUUUUCAUUUUGCCAGGGUAGCAGUUGAGAGCCUCGGUAAAGUGGGAUAUCAAGGGGGAAAGAGAAACACCUUAGAUGCAUUACAAGCCGCACAAAAUAUGCUCUUACUCAACCGCAGAUCAGGAGUGCGCGACGGCAGUCGUAAAAGAGUGCUUCUUGUGACCACAGGGCCGUGUGCGCGCAAUCUUAAUGAGGCGAUCACACUUCAGAGGUUGAUUUGGGCAGCGAUGCAAAUUAAAAGCCUGGGAGCUGAAGUGUUUGUUGCUGCUGUCGGUGACAGAAUUCCCAGAAUUGAAGAACUGCUUUUAAUUCCAAGUUCUACCGACGUGCAUUUCUAUCGUGUUGCCAGUAUGACGGCAUUUAAGAGUUUAGUGGAUGAGAUUCCUGUCCAUAUCGUUUACCAAGAUGGUCAGUAGGUUGCACAGUGUUCACUUAUAUCAUUGGCUGUGUCUAAUGACUUGUGUUAGGGUCUCACAAAAUCCUUGGCUUUACUUUAAGUAGAGAUGCUCUCAGGUGAAUGGAAAGAGGAUGAUGCUUUUCUUAACUGCACAAAAGAGAUCCUAUUUUACCAGUAUCUGAAAAGUAGCAUGUUGUUUUUAGGUUAUUUUUUCGUUGUUCUUUGGUACUAACUCACUAGACGGAUAUGGUUUAGUGGUAUAAACUCCUGGAUGUAUCGUAAAAGUUCUCGAUAAAAGGAUUAUGAACUUCUUCAGCCGAUAUGGUUGACUUAAUAAGCUAAUUGCCACGGGAAACGAAGCAGUUGUUUGGAAUUGCUUUUUACGAAUCGUUCCAGUCAAAUCAAAAAUUGAGGGUAGUUAUAGUAGAUCUUAGUGGUAAAAGGUUUCAAACAACCUAUCUGUCGUAGCUGCUGAAGGAACAACUCAGUACUUUUUCAACUCAGAUCCUUCACAAUGGACUGCUUUGAGCGGGUGAUUAAAUGUCUUAUUUGUGGUCAUUUCUCUCAGCAGCAGUGAGGCGCCUUGGCUUGGGUCGAUAAAUUAACGAUUUAUUAACCUCAUCGUCUCCCCUUUCUCUCAGCUUUGCGUAUAUCGGAUAGAGGCGUUUAGGCUGGCUGAAUACUCCUACGAAAGUGUGUGUUUAAUUGUAAUAAAGAAUUCUUUAUUGA